AGUAUCUAGUUGCAGGAGUGCAACAGCCUUUUGAUCGCAGCUCUCUGUCUCUGUCCCUGCAACUGGGAUCAGCGCUUCUGAGAAAAAGAUGGGAAAACAUUUCCUGCGGCUGUUCGCCGUUCUUUCAGUCUGCUUCGCACCGGUCAAGUCGGACUGGCUCCCAGCCACCGCCACGUUCUACGGCGGCGUGGACGGCUCCGGCACAAUGGAUGGCGCGUGCGGGUACGGGAACCUGUACAACGAUGGGUACGGCGUCAACAACGCGGCGCUGAGCACGACGCUGUUCAACGACGGCGCGUCGUGCGGGCAGUGCUACGCCAUCAUCUGCGACGAGAGCAAGGCCCCCCAGUGGUGCAAGCCCGGCACGUACGUCACGGUCUCCGCCACCAACUUCUGCCCGCCCAACUGGUCGCUCCCCUACGGCGGAUGGUGCAACACGACCCGCCCCCACUUCGACAUGUCCCAGCCGGCCUGGGAGAACAUCGGCAUCUACAGUGCCGGCAUCAUCCCCGUCCUCUACCAACGUGUCAAGUGCUGGAGGUCCGGGGGCGUGCGGUUCACCAUCAACGGGUUCAACUACUUCGAGCUAGUGCUGGUGACGAACGUGGCCGGGAGCGGAUCGAUCAAGAGUAUGGCGGUGAAGGGCACCAACACGGGGUGGAUCCAGAUGUCCAGGAACUGGGGCGCCAACUGGCAUUGCCUCUCGGCGCUCGUCGGGCAAGCGCUCAGCUUCACGCUCACCUCCACCGGCGACCAGACCAUCGUCUUCCAGGACGUCGUGCCGGCGUGGUGGCAGUUUGGACAAACCUUCACCACCUACCAACAGUUCGACCAGUAAACUAUUCCAGAAGAAGUCCAUCGAGGAGCGUCUGCUUAUUGUUGUUUCUUGACCAAGAAUCUGUUCUUUGUUAUUCUUGAUUAUUACACCGCUUCAUUUCAUUUCAUUCAAUCGCCAACAGAUGCAUGGUUGUAAUUAAAUUGUAAGUUGUAACUAUCGCUUGAUCCAGUCAGCUAUUUGUCGUGGAUUAAUUGUUUUGUAAUUGCUACCACGAAUUUCUCACUUCUU